AUGGACGUUGUGAAGACACCUACGAAGCAACUACAGAGGCUAAAUCUAACCUCGCCCGGCAUCGCCAAACCGGACUUUGUCGUGAGGAAAUACUCGCGCACCCUCGCCAACACCGUGCUCAGCGAGCUAACGACAAGAACCCAAAACAUCGGAGAAAAGACCAACUUCAAGAUUGCAGAGUUCCCACGUUUUACAAGUUCGCCUCGCAUCUCCCCGCGCGUGUCGCCGGUAGGGAGAGACUCCAUUGCGUUGCACUAUUCUGUCCAUCCUCGCUCGGCCAAGCGUCGGAAGACUGAGUCAGGGUCGUCGCCAACGGCGCCCGUGCCUUUGGAAAGCUAUGAGAAACGAAAGCAAACGCAGAAACCUAGAGCCGCAGCGGCAGCAGUCACGGCAGCAGGCCUCGAGAAGCGAAACCCAAAAAUCUCGGCAACAUCAACCACAGCAAUACCCGCGACAACAACACCCGUGCCAUCGGAAAGUUGUGACAAACGAAAGCAAAUCCAAAUGCAAGCGCAGAAGCAGAAGCAAAACAUCUCGAGAGCUUCGUCGAGGAUACCCCCCUCGAGGAUAUCGCCCAGUAGAGGCUCACGCGACUUGCACUCGUACUUGCGCCAAACAACAGACUCGGGAUCGCCCAAUAAGGAGACCACGGCGCGGUCCAAGGUUUCAGUGAGCCUCACGCCCGCCCCGCUGUUGAGACCGCCUCCUGCGUUGUCCUCGUCGCGCCAUGCUUCGGCUCCAGUUCCUGUCUCGUCCCCUACGCGCUACGACUCGCCUACAGUGUCGUCGUCGCAGAAGUCGCUCAAAAAGUACCUCAGGUUUAAAGAACGGUACAACUGA